UGCUCGAGAAAGCGCAUGUGCGGAUGUAAAAUGUGCGCGGGGUAAGUGACGUAUUGUUGCAAGGCGCCCUGCUGCAGGCGGGGAGUUUUAAAUGAGUCCCACUUUGAGAGCUCCUGUGCAGAACUAGUAUAUAGCAGUCAUCUACAGCACGUGCAUUGUUUAAUAUUGCCAGAGAAGACAGUCAGCAUGCCCCUGCACGAUUUGCCUCUCGUCGAGGGCUCCAUGUUGUCCCUGGCCAAGGGGAGCAGCAAGCGGAAGUGGCAAGAUGACCUGACCGAGGCCCUGGAAACUGAAUUCACUCCAACAGAGUUCAUUCAGCAGUGGUCACAUGAACACAAACUGCAACACUCUCUAUACAAGGGCAAAGAGAAUGAGUGCAACCCUUAUGUCGUUGCCAGACGAUCAAGGAAGAGGAAAGAAUGUCUAUCAGGCAUUUCAUGGGACCACCUUCCAGAUGAGUUGAUCCUCAGGAUCCUCUUCUAUCUCCCCCUGCGGGACCUCCUCAGGACAUCGGUCAUUUGCAGACGCUGGCAUCGUUUGGCAUUUGAUGAAUCCCUGUGGAACAGUGUUGACCUGGAGGGCGUGACCAAUAUGGGUCCAGCGCUGCACCAGGUGCUGAAGACGGGGGUCCGCAGGUUACGCUGCCCUCGCGGUUUCAUUAACGACCUGCAGAUAACGGCGACGUGCACACUGAAGAUCGCUGAAAUUGACCUGUCCAGCUCCAUCGUCACUACGCCCACUCUUGAGCGCAUCUUCUGUCAAUGUAAUCUGCUAGAGUGUGCCAGUCUGGAGGGCCUGCAGCUCUCUGACAACAUUGUCAAUGGUCUGGCCCAGAAUCUGCAGCUACGGCAGCUCAAUUUGAGUGGUUGCUUCAACUUCUCUGCUGAUUCUCUAGCUCACAUGCUACAAUCCUGCUGCAGAAUAGAACAGUUGAAUAUAUCAUGGUGCCACUUCAACGGUCAUCAUGUGAAAAGCAUAGUCAGUAAUGUGAGUUCCACUGUUACACACCUCAACCUCAGCGGAUAUAGAGACGGCCUCAUAUUAGAUGACGUGAAGGUCUUGGUGAAGAGAUGUCCUGGCAUUCUCACGUUAGAUUUGAGUGACAGCACUCAGCUGUUGGCUGACUGCUUCCCUGUACUCUCCGAGCUCAAACAUCUGCUUCAUCUGUCCUUGAGCCGCUGCUACCACAUUCACAUCGCGGCCCUCACUGACCUUAGGAAGACAUUCCCUACGCUGCAGUACCUAGAUGUGUUUGGCCUCGUAAAUGACAGCCACUUGUCCUCAUUGAGGAAUGAAAGCCAUGGCAUUUGCAUUAACUCCUUGCCUUUCUCUGCCAUCGCCCGACCCACACCUGCCAGCAUCAGCGGCACAAGUGGUGGCCAUAGUAUGUGGAACAAAAAAAAUCGACUGAGGUUCAAGCUAUAGGGCGGUUUCAAUGUCGUUUCAGAAAAUAAUCUUGCUUUUGUGGCAUUAGAAACUUUUCAAUGGCAUGUUAAAUCUGUUCAGAUGUUAAUAUAUGAUAAAAUGUGGUGGUAAUUGAUUUACAAAAUGUCUCAAUAUUUUUGACACAUUUUUAAUCUUUUUAUUUAUCAGUGUUAAGAUGGUUUUUUUUCCCUACACGGAACUUCAACUACUGCAUAUUUGCGUCAAAUGUGUUGAGUGUGAACACUUAAUUUUCAUACAAUAAAUCAUUGCAGAGGAAAUGUUCUGUAUGUUACUAAUCUAGGUUGUCGCUUUAUGUCCCUAGUGUCCGUAUAUUUAGAUCUCAUUGUACCUUUUCUAUGUACAUUUCCUGUUUUUUUUAAAAAUUCAAAUUGAAUGUACAUGUGAACUUGUCUUCAUCUGUUAAAAAGAGUAAAGCAUCCAGUGCCAAAAGCUGUCAACUUGUUU